AGAGUGAGACCAGAGGACAACAGACAAAGAGGAAAAGGUCUCCUCCUCCGGCUUUGCUUUGAGCAUUUCCAUUGAUUUUCUCGUUGGUGUUUCUUUCUAAAAACACCAAAGACUUCUUGAUUCGAAGACUCAGUUCCGGAGGAACACCUGGGUUCCUAUUGGUGAUUGGCGGGUUAGAGAGAGUGACGAGUCCUCGAAGGCUGAAGCUGGUGGGGGCAGGUUCUUCCAAGCUGCAAGUCCAAGGCAGAGCACCAGAACUCGUAGGUUCUCCCUUUAGCCAACGCUAUCGUCUUGCUAUCUUACGGUCCUUGUCUUCAGCUGGACCUACACGAGCCAUGCUGGCUAUUUCCACCUCUCUCCAAAACGAGUGGUGCCUCCUUUUCAUUAGCCUGAUUUUCUGGGCUACCUUGGCCCCUAUGGCCUCAGCCUUCCCCCUUCCCAAUUCCAGCCCCCUUUAUCAGUUUGAGGGACAAGUCCGCCUUCGCCACCUCUACACAGCGGAUGAGCAAACACAUCUCUUUCUGGAGAUCUUGCAGGACGGACAAGUGCGUGGCUCCAGACACCAGAACGCUUUCAGUUUGCUGGAGAUCAAAGCUGUAAAGCCAGGGAUCAUUCGCAUGCAGGGCGCAAAAACCUCUCUGUUCCUCUGCAUGACAUCCAAUGGACAUCUCUAUGGUUCGGAACAUUAUUCAGAGGAGUCCUGCAACUUCCGUGAGAAAGUUCUUCACGACGGCUACAAUCUCUACUACUCAGAACAUUAUGAUAUUCCUGUCAGCCUCAGCUCAACAGGGACCCUAUCACGGAAUCGCCAGCUACCCCCAUUCUCCCAGUUCCUGCCCUUGGUCAAUCGGGUCCCCCUUGAUCCUGUGUUUGUAGACUACAACUUCUAUGAACAGGAGCUCGACAUUGAGUCUGCUGACCCCUUGAGUAUGAUGGGACAAGCCCCUGGUUUCAUGAGCCCCAGUUACGUCUUCUGAUGGCCAAGAACCCCUAGAUUCUUCAGGAGGGGCAUGCGGUUGACUUUUUAAAAAAGUGGUUGACUUUUAAAGGAAGGUUUUUUCGGAGCUUGGAUGCUCAAGUUGUCUUGUAGUAAAAGUGUGAUGAAGCGAUUCAAAGUCAGGACAGGGGUGGAGUGAGACAGCUUUAUUUACUGUACUUGACAUUAAUGAUUGACAUCGUUGAUGUAUUCCUUGGACUUCCGAUUCCCAAAACUGUGGGAUGAUGCGUGUAAAUGAUAUACUUGAGGGAAACGAAAGGAAUACUCCCCAUCAACGAAGGCAAUUUUUUUAUUUCAUUGGACUGAAUUCUUUGCUUUUCGAUCUUCUGUUGAUGUUAAUUGUGCCAGCCUUUUAUUUGUAUUUUCUAUCUAUUUAAAUAACUUAUUUAUUAUUUGCUUAUUUAUUGAAGGAGGCUGUAGACUGUAAGAAAACAUGGGAGGCUGAAUGAGAAAACUUUAUGCCAAAAAUAAUUUAUGUAUGGUUAUUUAUACAGAAACGUGUGUAUAUUAUUUUUGCAUAUUUAUGUCUAAUUCCGGAAAGGAAAUCACUAUUAAACCUAUUUUAAGCCUGAAGUAUAGAUAUACCUUUUGCCUGGAGCUAUUUAUUACACUUUUUAUCCUUUGCUUUCUUCAAGGAGAUCAGGGUAAUAUGCACAGUUAUCCCCGCUUCUCUUUUACCCACCCUGUGAGGUAAGUUAGGUUGAGAGAGGGAGAAUGAUUGACCAAAGAUCAGCCAGGUUUACUAAACCAU